AUGUCCCUUUUUCAAAGAGUGUUAUCUUCCAAGAUAACUAAAGCUUUAGGAGUUACUGGGGGGUUAGUUGGUUCGACUAUAAUUUAUUUAGAUUUUAUCAAACCUCCAAAUACUUCAAAAUUAACAAAUUCUUAUAAUCCUUUAGUGAAAACUUUAGAUGCUCCACCUACUAGAAAAGAUUUAUUAUCAAAUUUAGAUCAAGAUCCUAAAUUUGAUGUAUUGAUUAUUGGUGGAGGUGCUACUGGUACUGGUACUGCAGUAGAUGCUGUUACAAGAGGUUUAAAUGUAUGUUUAUUAGAAAAGAAUGAUUUUGCUUCAGGAACUUCAUCAAAAUCUACCAAGAUGGCUCAUGGAGGUGUUAGAUAUUUAGAGAAAGCUGUUUUCCAAUUAUCUAAAGCUCAAUUAGAUUUAGUUAUUGAAGCUUUAAAUGAAAGAGGUAAUAUGUUAAGAACAGCUCCUCAUUUAUGUUCAGUUUUACCUAUCAUGAUUCCUGUUUAUAAAUGGUGGCAAGCUCCUUAUUUCUUUGCUGGUUGUAAAAUGUAUGAUUGGUUUGCAGGAUAUCAAAGUUUAAGAUCUUCUACGAUUUUUUCCAAAGAAACUACCAUGGCUUUAGCUCCAAUGAUGGAUGAUUCAAAUUUGAAGAUGAGUUGUGUUUAUCAUGAUGGUUCUUUUAAUGAUUCUAGAAUGAACUCCACUUUAGCUAUUACUGCUAUUAAACAUGGAGCUACGGUAUUAAAUUAUAUGAAUGUUGAUCAAUUACUUAAAACAGAUGGUAAAAUCACUGGAGUUUUAGCUACUGACUUAGAAACUGGUAAACAAUAUAAUAUUAAAGCUACAUCAGUUGUUAAUGCCACUGGUCCUUUAGCUGAUAGAAUUUUAGAUAUGGAUAGUGAUGCUGAAGGUAAACCACCAGUUGUUGAAAAUCCACCAAAAAUGAUUGUUCCUUCAUCAGGAGUUCAUAUUGUUUUACCUGAAUAUUAUGGUCCAAGAGAUAUGGGAUUAUUAGAUCCUUCAACUUCUGAUGGUCGUGUUAUGUUCUUUUUACCAUGGCAAGGAAAAGUUUUAUGUGGUACUACUGAUACUCCAUUAAAGAAAGCUGUUGAUAAUCCUGUUCCAACUGAAGAAGAAAUUCAAGAUAUUUUAAAAGAAUUACAAAAAUAUAUUGUUUUCCCUGUUAAUAGAGAUGAUGUUUUAAGUGCUUGGUCAGGUAUUAGACCUUUAGCAAGAGAUCCUGAUUUAGUUAAAGGUUCAAAUGGUGGGUCAACUCAAGGUUUAGUUAGAUCUCAUUUAAUUAAAGUUUCCGAUUCUGGUUUAGUGACUAUUUCUGGUGGUAAAUGGACAACUUAUAGAGAAAUGGCUGAAGAAACUGUUGAUACUGUCAUUAAACAUUUCGGUUCAAAUUUUACUCAACCUUUGAAAAAAUGUCAAACCAAUGAAAUUUUAUUAGUUGGAGGGGAAGAUUAUUCUAAGAAUUAUUCUGCCAGAUUAAUUCACGAAUACAGAAUUCCUUUGAAAUUAGCUAAACAUUUAUCUCAUAAUUAUGGUUCCAGAGCUCCUUUAAUUUUGGAAUUAUAUAAAGAAAAUGAUUACAAUAAAUUACCAAUCACUUUGGCUUCAAAUAAAUCAUUUACUGUUUCAACUGAUUCUUCAACUCAAGGUAAUGAAUUAAGUUUCCAAAAUUUCGAUGAACCUUUCACUAUUGCUGAAUUGAAAUAUUCUUUGAAACAUGAAUAUAUUAGAACUCCAGUAGAUUUCUUAGCUAGAAGAACCAGAUUAGCUUUCUUGAAUGCUAGACAAGCUAUGGGAGCUAUUGAUGGAGUUGUUGAAAUCAUGAAGAAUGAAUUAAGUUGGGAUUCUAAAACCACCGAAAGAAUGAGAAACGAAGCUGUUGAAUUCAUUGGUACUUUCGGUAUUAAUGAAAAAUUUGACGUUAAAGAUUUUGUGAUUCAAUAG